CCCUCCGCAAAAUCAAUCGAGCGUGGCUAAUAGAAAGGAGGUGUCUGUUUUGGCGACUAGAUUGAAGGCAACUGGGCAGGCUGCUGUGCGGCACUGGAAGCCAAUUAACAGGAGCUCCACCCGGUGUCCUUCUUUUGGUAUCUUUUGGUCGCUUAAAGGGUGCAGUUUGUUUCUUGCCUCUCCGACGACCAAUUCUUAAGCCCUUUGAGCGGACAGGAAACAAUUACUUGCAAAACGCAUGCAUUCGUACACACAAAGAAAAACGUGGAACGCAGAUGCGGGCAUAGGGCAUGUGGUAAAUUCCGGAAGUUUUGUCGUCUGAAUCCCCGUCGCUGUCGAACCUAGGAAGUCGUGCCAUAUCACACUACCUGAAAGGGGACAUUACUUGUCAUAGCCAAGCAUGUAUCUUCUGGGCUGUAGUGAUGGUUACCAGCAAGCCGGGGCUGACCUCGUCUAUGUCCUUGACAUUAUCUCCCUCGGCGCUGGGCUAGCCGCGAUCUCUUCUGAUCAGAGUCUUUCACUCUUCAACCCCCUUCGGUUGGGUCAAGGACCACUGAAGAGGCUACGGACAAGUCAUGGAAACAUUGCAACUGCGAAAGCCUAUAGCGUUGCAGAGUCCAUUGUGGCUACGACAGGAGAGAACGGGACGGUUUGCUUAUGGGAUCUAAGGCUGGAGCCAGGGGAUGCCCAGGUCCUUGAACUAGGCGGUAACGAAACAAGUCUCCUGUCGCUUGCUUGCUCCCCCUCGACAUUUUCGGUAUCUGCGGGGACCGAGUUAGCAGACCAUCAGGCCUCAGUUCUCAUAUGGGACAUUCGACAGGGUUCGAGCCCUCGGAUAAAAUAUGCUGAAAUCCACAGCGACGACGUGACCGAAUUGAACUUCCAUCCAGGGGAUCCAAACAUUCUGCUCUCUGGUUCCACAGACGGACUGGUAAACAUAUGUGACACAAGAAUAACAGACGAGGAUGAAGUUGUCGUGACUGCCUUCAACCAUGGGUCGGUCCACCGGGCAGGAUUCCUCAAUAAUACCGAAAUCUUCGCCUUGUCACACGACGAGAAAUUUGCCUUAUAUAACAUAGCAGAAGGCGACCAAGGAAGCCUGUCAUCACUCAAUAUGGGUGAUGCCAGAGAAGCCCUCGGGUGCCAGUACGUGGCGCACAUCUUUCCCAAACCCAAUGGAGUCGAGGCCAUCAUCGGAGUCGGAUCUCAAAGCCAACAGAUGUUCCAACUGAUCCACCUGGCAAAGGCGGAAACUUGGGGCGUCGACCAAGCAUCUUCCGUUGGUCUUCCAGGAGCGCAUGGAGAGGAGAUUGUCAGGAGUUUUUGUUUCCUCGAGGGCCAGGACGUGGUUUUCACAGCUGGCGAGGAUGGAUGUGUCAAGGCUUGGAGGCCAGGGGCAUAAAAGAGGGCUAUUCUUGAAGUUUCGGUU